AUGGGUUGUGGACAUGCACAUCAUUGGCUCAAUCCUAGCUUCCACAACAACAAUGAACAAACUAUUCGAAGACCCCAUGAACUUGAAUCCUCUUUAGAUUAUCCUCCUCAAUCUGUUGACGAAAAGUUACUAAGACGUAUUUUAGGUUCUCUGAUCGGCUUAGCUUUAGGUGACGCUCUUGGUGCUCAUGUAGAAUUUAGACCUCAUCAAUACAUGGUUGAACAUCCCGUUAAGGACCUUCAAGGGGGAGGUACAUGGGGUCUUCAGAAAGGGCAGUUCACUGACGACACUUCUAUGGCUCUAUGUUUAGCUAUUUCAUUAAUCAUUAACGGCGAUUUUAAUCCAUAUGAUCAAUUACUUCGUUACAAAUGGUGGUAUAAAGAUGGAUAUAUGUCAUCAACAGGACAAUGUUUUGAUAUAGGAUCAUCAACUAGACAAGCUUUAAAUGAAUUUGAACAUCGUCAGCGUCAGUUAGCCCAGAAAUAUGAUAUGCCUUUGAAAAAUUUAGAUUUUUGUACUGACAAGCAAGUUUUGAAAGAGUUGGAUGUGUAUUGUGGGAAAAAUGAAGCAGCUGGCAAUGGAGCUCUUAUGCGUCUUGCACCAGUACCACUCUUUUUCUAUCGAAUCCCGAAAAAAGCUGUGGAAUACUCAGGUCGAAGUGCCAAAACAACUCACGGCGAUCAAAAAGUCUACGAUGCAUGCCGUUUUUAUGGUGCUCUGAUCGUAGCUGCUAUUAACGGUGAGUCAAAAGAGAAUUUAUUAGAUCGUGAUUUCUACAAAAACCAUAAAAAAUGGUUUGGUACUGAACCACUUCAUAAUGAUGUGAUAGAAAUAGCUGAGGGAUCCUACAAGAAAGAAAAAGGUUAUGCCGAUGGAAUUCGAGGAAAACGUUAUGUACUUGAUAGUUUAAAAGCUGCUUUGUGGGCUUUUUGGUCAGAUGGCAAUUCAUUUCAGACUGGUGUUUUGGCUGCCGUGAAUCUUGGUGAUGAUGCUGAUACAACAGCCGCUAUUUACGGACAAUUAGCCGGUGCGCAUUAUGGUUAUCAAGCAUUACCCCCUGACUGGGUCAAACAUGUCUAUGCGGAGAAGUUUCUUAAAUGUUUGAGUGAAUGGAUUACUUAUCAGGGUAAAAUAUGGUUCGAAAACCAAGAAUCAACUUCAAUUUCUUCUAAUCCAAAAUCAAAAUUGUAA